AUGGGCGCUGCGUGGCUCUGCCUGCUCUGCGCAGCCAGCGCCGGCCUCGUCCCGCUGGGCACUGGGGGGGAGCAACGGCUGUGGGCAGCCCCACGUCGAGAGGAGCCGGAGCUGCUCCUGCCCCGCGGGGUCGAUGCCAGAGGUGCCGGCGUUGAGGCGCUGCAGGAGGUGCUGGAGAAGCUGCGGAGCCGGGAGCUGCCGCCGACGGCCAAGAAGCCGGGCAGGGUGCCCUCGUGCCAGCUCGGGGAGCCCUGUGCUGUGCGGGUGGGGGCUCGCUUUGGGAAGCGCUGCAGCUGCCCCCCCGGCACCUCCUGCAACCUCUACAUCCUGCGGUGCGCCUAA